GUUUUAUUCCAGACAGUCUCUGUUUUAUUCUUAACUGAACGCAUAAACCAUUCAGCAUGUGGAAAGUAAGAGUCUUCUGUUUCUUCAUCUGUACAGCCUGUCUACUGGAUAUUAACUGUGCUAAUAUUGGAUAUGAGGGAAAACACGUAACGUUUCACAUCAGCUACCCAGAGGGUUACGAGACAAACACCAAGUACUUUGGCAAAAAAGAUGGUUUCUUCUUUGAGAAACUGGUUCAGACUUCUCAUCCCUACAGAUGGGCGAAACAAGGGCGAUUCGCUCUAUUCGACAACACAUCCGCGCGCAUCCUUACCGCCACCAUCUUGCAAUUGGUCGUGGAUGAUUCUGGCUUGUACUCCUUCGGUGUGGAUGUUAAACUGUCACCUGAUUUGUCUAGUGAUAUACAACUAACUGUCAGGAGAGGUGAAGCACAGAGACCCACGAUAUCAUUACCAAGAGUGAUUGUCAGCAGCACGAACAGUCCUGCAAAUAUCACAGCCCAGAACUGGACCAAGACAAGAAAUCAGGAAUCUUCCCUCAAGUUUGUGAGCGUGUUGAGUCUGGUGUGUGUCUGCACACUUCUAGUUGUGUGUCCGUUCGCUGUGUUUAAGGUUUUAAAAUGGGCCGCCACCUGCAAGCUGUCAGUUUCUGUGUCUUAUCACACCAGGAAGACAUCAACUCAAGUUGUUGACGAGUAUGUGAACAUGAGCCGAAUCAUCCUUCCAAACCCACCCACAGCUCAAAAUGAUGAAGGUUCACUUGUUGAUGAUUUUCACAGACCUACAAACACAGAACAGACACAUAACAAAGACGCCAACUACAUAGAUUUUGCUCUAGCAGACAGUCCAGAUCAGAUCUACACAGAAAUGAACCCUGGUUUUGUUCAAGAGUCAGUUUAUCAGAGCAUUGAUCUAACUAUUAACUGACUGAACACAGACGCCUCAUCAACAACUAAUGAAAAUCCUUAUUUUCCUUCACAUUUUUCCAGGAACAAUUAUUCAGAAACACUUUACAAGAUUCUGUUUGUUAAUGUUUUGUUAACAUGAACUAACAAUGAAAAAUACUUAAAUACUGUUUGGUAAUCUUAAUCUUUAAUGUUAAUUUCAACAUUUAUUAAUACAUUAUUCAAAUCAAAUGUUGUAUCUGUUUAUGUUAUCUAAUGGACAUGAACUAACAUGAAUUAUCAGUUGGUUUUUGUUAACUAAUGUAGCUAUUGCUCAUUGUUAGUUAAUGCAUUAACUAAUGUGAACUUAUGGAACUUUAAUGUAAAGUGUUACCAAUUUUUCAUCAGUUACAUGACGAUUUCAUUGAAUAUGAAGAAAAAUCAUUGAAUUGUAGUCUUGGAUAAAUAAACUUGAAUGUCAAAUAGUUGAAAACUGUUAAUGUGGACAUUAUUUAGCAGUGCUGAGAUCAGCACAGACUGGUAUAGAAGUGUGUGUUUAGUGUGAGUAAAGAUCUCGAUUGCGUCACUGCAGAUGUUUUAAGAGGAUGGAGAGACAAAAAGAGAGAAGUAAAUACUUUAUUGUACCAAGAAAGAGAAGGCGAACUGUAGCUACUACUUCACACAGUUUUUAUCUCAUGUUAAGUGAGAGCCUUCUCAGCAUGUGGAGCUUUCUAGUUGUCCUGUCCUGCAUAUUUACAGUGAUGUCUUUGAAUCCUGUAACUGCUCCAGUGGGAGGGAACGCCACAUUUCGGUGUUCUCAUUUUCUGGCCGAUGGGAACAUCAAAUAUUUCUGCAGAAACUCUUGUAAGGAUGAGUUUAUUCUCAUUCGAUCUAAUAGAGAACAAAACCCGACUUGCACAGACAGAUUCACUCUAUAUGAUGAAGGCUCAGACUUCACUGUGACCAUCACACGCCUGCAGCUUUCAGACUCUGGCACUUACAUCUGUGCAGUGGACAGAUUUCUUUUUGACACUUACAAAUAUGUAACUCUUCAUGUAUUUGAGGUCUCUAUAUCAACACCGGUUCCAACAAGUGCAUCCAGUCUACCUGCAAGAACAACUAAUAGAGACAACACAACUAGAGACACAACUAGAUACACAACUAGAGACACAACUAGAGACACAACUAGAGACACAACUAGAGACACAACAGGUCCUUUGCUUUAUGUCGGAGUUGGUCUUGGUAUUCUCGCGCUGAUAUUUACAGUAGUCAUCUUCAUAUUUAUCCAGCUGAAGUAUAAGCAGAAGCGAUGCUCCUCCGGUGUGACAUCAUCUACACAUCAGCCCGACUCUCUGAAUUACUCCACACUGAACAUCACUGCACAAUCAGACAGUCUCAACUAUUCCUCUGUGCUGUUUAUCAGAAACCACAACCACAAGAACUGCGAGAUGUUUGAAAUGAACUUGAAUGAAACACUUUAUUCAUCUGUUCAAAAUUCACACCAAUCAAACAUCACUGAUCCAAACUCAGUAAUCUAUUCCAGAGUUAGUAAAGGACUGUAGAUUAGGUAGAUCUGACAAGUGCGCUUUUAAUUUAUAUUUUAAAUAGCUUUCUGUUGUUGAAAAUGCUGUAUACUGUGUAUACAGUAUAGAGGUGUUUGCUAAAAUAUUUUCAUGUCUGCAUGAAUGGGUUAAUAUAUACAAUCAACUACAUGUAUUUUACAUUAUGAGUCAGUAUGGCAGUUUCCCCCAUCAGUUAGGGGCAUUUCAAUGUGAGAUUAGCCAUUUUUGGAUGUUAAAAUAUAUUUGUCAAGAACUUGGCCUCUGUGGCUUCCUCCGAUCACCACCAGAGGGCUCUCUCAACUGAGUACUAACCUGUCCUGGACUACAUUUCCCAUAACCCACGCACCUGAUCCCUAUAACCCGGUCUAUUUAAACCGGCGCACACUCUCAUCCUGUGCAAAGUCUUGUUUUGCCCUGGCUAACAUUACUGAGUGUUUUUCCCUGUUUAUUGCGAUUCUGUGUAUGACCUUGGACUGCCUUAUACCUCCGUGUUUUGCCUGCUGCCUGCCUUGUGAUUUAUCUGACUGUUUCCUGGAUUACUCUGCCUUGUCUGCUGCCUGCCCUGACCUUUUGCCUGUCCCUGUUUCUGAUUAUGUUUGGUCUUUGAUAUUGCUCUUGCUGGAAUUUGACCCCUGCCUGUACGACUAUGAUUGUUUAAUAAAGCUGCACAUGGAUCCCA